AUGGUCGCAACUCCUUCACCUCCUGCUCCUACCGUUAGUAUCAAUAGCAAUAGCAACAACAACAACAAUAACAACAACAACAACAACAACAAUAGCAACAGCACCGACCAGCCACAUGCGUCCACCCCACGUGCCUCGUGCACAUGGGACCACCACAGCGAGUGCCGAAAGCCACGCUCGUGUGCUGACUGUCUCAACGUGCAGCUACCAAAUGACGUCUGCACGGUCAAUCCCAAUGGCGCCUGCGUCAGCCAAAGCACAUACGACGCGUACCUGGCCGACCGGUUCUACUACGCGCCUUUGCAGCGCUACUUUUCCUCGAGUGACUAUCGCUACUGCCACGUGAGUGACGCCGUCUGUGUCACGUGUCGCAAGCACUGGAAGCAGCUGGAUCCGAGGCAUUUGAGUAACCCGGAUGCCCAGUUCCCGUUCUUUUGUACGGGGCACAAUGGCUGCGUGUGCAUUGCCAAUUGUGAGGCACCCAAUUGGCACGACGUUGUGGUCGAGUCCCAGUGUGCAGGCGGUACUCGUGACAUCCGUCAGGUGCCGUUCUCACUGAACGAAGAAACGGCAUUGUCCAUGCCACUGCGCGUGGCAAUCUCGAUUGUUGCAGGUCUCGCUCUAGUACUGCUGCUAUUGUUUGUAACGUGGGGCGUGCGUCGGCUGUUGAAAUGCCGAGGUAGCGAACGGUUUGUUGCUCAUCGAGGCCACAGGCAAAGACCACGACGAGCGAGACUGCAGCUUUCGUUGACUGGAUGGAAAUCGCUGAACCAAAGUCUCAUUGAUGCAGAGGGACAGAGCUGUGGUAAUGGUCAACCAAGGACGCCGUUGCGCACGUGUGAAGGCGGGCUGGUCCAAGUAAAGAGUGCAUAUACCACGGAGACGACCGAUGGGGAGAGUGCGGAUGAUUAUGUGGAGGUGCGUGAAGAGAUGGGGUCGUGCGGACAAUGUUCGUCGCAACGCGAGAGAACGGAAUUGUAG